UAAAAUUACAACCCAAUCAAAUAUAAAAAAAUGUAAACAAUAAUUAUUACUAAUAGCAAUCACGAGAUAAUAAAUAUAAGCAUUACAAUAGAUUGUACGUACAAAUAAAUCAAUAGCAAUAUUCGGAUGAUUGUAUGGAGGAUAUUGGUGUUGGGUGUGAUUAAAUUUAUGAGUCUUCCAGCUUAAGUUUUAAAAUGAAAUUUGCAGAACACUUGUCAGCUCACAUAACGCCAGAAUGGAGAAAGCAAUAUAUAAAUUACGAAGAAAUGAAAAGCAUGCUGUACAUGGCAGUAGAAGAAACUCCAUCUGCAGAAAGUGUGGAACCAGAAGUAGUAACGAGGCAUUUAGCAAAUUUCGAGGAACAAUUUUUUCUUUAUUGUGAUAAAGAAUUGAAGAAAAUUAAUACUUUUUACGCGGAAAAACUAGCCGAAGCCACUAGAAAAUUCGCAAGUUUAAAUAGCGAACUAAAGGAUUCCAUAAAUCAAAUAAAUUUUCCGAAAAAGAAAAAUUUAAACAAAAAGAGCGUCCCUACAAGAAAAAUACAAGAAUUAAAACUAGCAUUUAGCGAAUUUUAUCUGAGUUUAAUUUUAUUACAAAAUUAUCAAACUUUGAAUCAUACGGGGUUUAGAAAAAUCUUGAAAAAACACGAUAAGUUAUUAUCAACUGAUAUCGGGGUAAAAUGGCGAGAGGAGCACGUCGAAACUUCGCAUUUUUUCAUAAAUAAGGAUAUAGAUAAAUUGAUAAAUGACACUGAAAAUGCCGUAACCAAUGAACUAGAAGGAGGCGACAGACAAAGGGCAAUGAAACGGUUAAGAGUACCUCCUUUGGGGGAGCAACAAUCACCGUGGACAACUUUCAAAGUCGGUCUCUUUUCUGGUUCUUUUAUAGUUUUAUUAAUCGCCGUUGUACUAUCAGCUGUUUUCCACGAUGGUUCAACAGAGAAUUUAAAAAUAGCCUUCCGGUUAUACAGAGGUCCGUUACUAAUAAUUGAACUGUUAUUUUUGAUUGGAGUCAAUAUAUACGGAUGGCGUUCAUCAGGGGUGAACCACGUACUUAUCUUUGAAUUGGAUCCAAGGAAUCACCUAUCUGAACAACACCUGAUGGAAUUGGCGGCAAUAUUCGGAGUAGUAUGGGCGUUGAGUUUGUUGAAUUUUCUCUAUAGCGCUAGUUUGAGUAUACCGCCUUACGUGAACCCACUAGCUUUGGUUGUCAUCAUGUUUGUAUUCCUAACGAAUCCUUUGAAAGUUUUUAGACACGAAGCGAGAUUUUGGUUUUUGAAAAUUUGCGGAAGGAUGUUUGGAUCGCCAUUCUUUCACGUAGGAUUCGCCGAUUUUUGGCUCGCCGAUCAACUCAACAGUCUAGCAACUGCUUUCUUAGAUUUCCAAUUUCUAGCUUGUUUUUAUAUUACUAACGGAAAUUGGCUCGAAGCCGGAGAUACUACCCAUUGUAUGGAAACCAAUUAUAUAAUUAGACCGAUAGUUAAUUGCAUUCCGGCCUGGUUGAGAUUCGCUCAAUGUUUAAGAAGAUACUACGAUUCAAAAGAUGCUUUUCCUCAUUUAGUCAACGCUGGAAAAUAUUCAACUACCUUUCUGGUCGUGAUUUUUUCUACCCUCAAAAAAGUUUAUAAAGACGACUAUGCAUCAUCUUCGGAAAAUCCCUACAUGUUCCUGUGGAUAGCUUCCCAAGUCUUAAGUUCGACUUACGCCUAUAUGUGGGACAUCAAAAUGGAUUGGGGCUUAUUCGAUAAAUCCGCCGGAGAAAAUAGAUUCCUUAGAGAAGAAACAGUAUACUCUUCGAAGGUGUUUUAUUAUUUCGCCAUCAUAGAAGAUUUCGUUUUACGUUUCGUAUGGACAAUUUCCUUGUACCUUACGGAAUACGGUUACGUCAGCAGCGACAUAAUGACGUCAAUAUUGGCGAUAUUGGAAGUGUUUCGACGUUUCGUAUGGAAUUUUUUCCGUUUGGAAAACGAACAUUUGAAUAAUUGCGGUCAAUUUAGGGCGGUUCGAGAUAUAUCGGUAGCGCCGAUCGAUUCUUCCGAUCAAAUACAAAUAAUAAGGAUGAUGGAUAAAGAAGACGGCGUAACGAACAGAGAAAGAGGUAAAAGGAAGAAUAACAACAAGAAAAAAGAAGAUAAAAAACCUCUGUUACAAGAUGAAACUAUAAUGAAUUUUAAAUCGAUACCGUUAUCGGCUGUGGUAUGAUUAAUCCAUUCCAAAAAUAUAAUUUUAUACUUUAUUUCUAUACGUUUUACGUAUUUAUAUAUAUAUAUACAGGAUGUUUAAUCAAAA